GAGAUGCCACCGCCCCCGUCAGACGAGGAGGUGGAGACAGAAGAACUUCCAACAUUGCCUCAACGUUGCCUCUCGGUAGCGGCUCGACGGAGAUGCUGUCGCAGACGCUGCGGGCACGCGGGUCCGCUAGCAACGAAGGUGGCGAGUUCACCUCCCUCCUGCAGCAAGGCUUGGGAGACGACGACGAUGGGGGAGUCGAUUUGAGGUUCUCGUUGUCUUCCAACAGCGCGAGUGAGGCGACCCGUACGUUCAUCAUCGACGCCGAUCCUUCGCCAUGUGGCCUUCAACGUGCUGGAAGUCAACAUACCGAGCAAUCCACACUUCAUAGCGGUGCGUCCGUGACUGCAGGUGUCGGGCCGUCACUACCAGCCCGACAGCAUGGAUGGAUUGCGCCGCUCGCCGAACGAAUGACAAGUACCUGCCCCGUGCGUAGUGGAGUCGCAGCAGGGUCCGCGCGCAUCGGCGGUGGAUGGUCGUCGAUGUCGAACCGCACAACGCCGACCCAACUCGACGUAAGGGACGAGCCCGCUUGCAGAUCACUGGUGCGUCCAGGACCCACUGUGGAGAACAUCACACGAGGAGUGUCCAACAUGCGGGCACAUAGCGAUGGCGGCGACGAUGACGCCGGUGGCGGUGACGAUGCCGACAAAGGGUUCAGGGAGCACGCGGAUGCAUGGGACGUCGACGACAACAUUCAUAUUCGGCCUUUGGGGAAGACGACUGAGAGGGGGAAAGGACGCAGCAAAGGUGCUGUUUGUGGUCGAUCCGUUGGCCGUGGCGGCAGAGGAGGCGUAAGCGACGACGGCGGGAAGUCUGCGAUGUACUGGUCUACGAACGACCAACUGCUCCUGGUGAGAUGCAAGCGGGAGCAAGACAUGCACCUCGCCGGGCUGGGUCACAAUUACGGGUGGAUGCGGACGAAGGAGUGGAAGUGGGACGACAUCGCCAAGCGGAUGGCGAAGGCGGGGAGGCCUAGAGACGCCGACCACUGCAUGAAGAAGUGGGGCAAUCUGUUCCAAAACUACAAGAAGAUACAGAGGUUUAAGAAUGCUAGCGGCGGGGCAAACUUCUUCAGGCUGUCAAAUGAAGAAAGGAAGGAAAACAACUUCAAGUUCCGGAUGGACAGGGUGCUAUACAACAAGAUCCAUGGAGGCAUGUUGGGGAACCGCACAAUUUUAACUCCCAACGUCGCCGACACCGGCAGUCCGGACGAGGUGCAGCUGCCCAGGCGAGGAGCGGCUGGUGGGGAGUCUGUUGGUAGUGAGGCCGGCGGUGAUGGCUGCCCCGAAGAACGUUCUUCGACGAGGGACUCCGACAACAACGCAGGCAGUGGGGGUGCAAGUAGGAAGCGGAAGAAUGCACGUCAACAGGCGUUGGAGUUGAUCGCUGAUGUCAUGGACCGCCAUGGUGAACUGAUGUCGUCGACGAUCGAUUCCUCUAGCAAGCGACAAUGCAACAUUUUGACGAGGCAAUGCGACAUACUCGAGCAGGAAGUUGUUGUUAAAAAAACGCACUACAUGGCGUCCGAUGAAACACAGAGGAUGAUGUGUCACGCGCUUAUGGAGAUCGUUGCCGCCAUCCGUGAUGAUGAUGGUGAUGAUGAUGAUGAUGAUGGUGAUGAUGGUGGUGAUGAUGAUGAUGAUGAUGAUGAUGAUGAUGAUGAUGGUGAUCAUGAUGAUCAUGAUGACGAUGCUAAUAGUGAUGAUGAUGAUGAUGGUGAUGACGUUGAUGAUGAUGAUGAUGAUGAUGAUGAUGAUGAUGAUGAUGAUGAUGACGAUGAUGAUGAUGACGAUGAUGAUGAUGAUGAUGAUGAUGAUGAUGAUGAUGAUGAUGAUGAUGAUGGUCAUCGCGAGAACGAUGGUGAAGAUAACCGCCAUGAUCACGAGAAUGAUGACGACGACGAUGACGCGGCAGUCGAUCCAUGAUGACGGCGUUCAUCAUUGUCGUGGAUACCGCCACUGGCAGAGGCCGUGCUCUCGCUCGCCAUCACUUUGCA